UCCGAAUUAAACCAAACCAAACCGGCCCAAACUGGUGAUAGCAUAUAUCCAAAAUAGACCAAAACAAAGAAAAACCGAACCGGAAUGGAACCCAUUGACAUUGACCCGAUUGCCAUGUCUAGAUAUGAAUGAUAUUGUGUGUAAUAUUGAUAUGGGGGGUGUUGAGAUUCAAGACUUUGGUCUUCUUAAUGAAGACAAUGAUGGUGAUGGGAACGAAACAGAGGUUGAAGAAGUUGGUGACAAUAAUGAAGAGAAUACAUAUGAUGUUCAUUUUGAUCAAGUUCUUGAAGCGGAGGAGGGGCUUGCAGAUGUCCCUGAAUUUUUCUUUGAAGAUGUUGAGGGUUCUGAUGAGGAAGAUAUUCUCGUUGAGGUGCCAACUAAGAAGAGUAAUAAGGCUAAAUUAGUGGAAAUGAAGAGGAGAGAAUAUCAAUUGUUGCAUCCACCAAAAAAGAAACAUGUCAACCAGAAAAAAGCCACAUUGAAUGAGUCUUGGUUUUCUGAUGAAGAAGAUGAGGACUUGGAUAACUUGGAAGAACAGAAUGCUCCUGAGUACAGACCUGAUGCAGAGAUGGAAAAUCUUAUAUUAUACCCCAAGUUGAAGUUCAAAAGCAUUCCUGAGUUCAGGAUGGCUGCAACAUGUAAGUACAUAGGUAAUAGAAUCAAGGAGCACGUGAAGGAUAUAUCAGGUGAGCCACUACAAAUGCUCUCCAAGUGGAUCUAUGGUAAUGUGAAGGUAAAUUGCAGCAUUUCAAAGGCCCAAAGAGCAAGAAGAGAAGCAUUUAGGUUGAUACAUGGUGAUGCUGGAGUACAAUAUCAAAAACUUUGGGACUAUGGUGCUACUGUUCUAAAGCACAACCCUGGUAGUGUGGUUAAAAUUGGCAUACAUAGAAACAAAGAUAAUCAGCCUGUUUUUCAAAAAAUGUUUUUUACAUUUGCAGCCUUGAUUGAUGGGUUUCUUGCUGGUUGUAGGCCAAUUAUUGGCAUUGAUGGAUGUUUCCUGAAGUCCCCAUUUAGUGGGCAACUUUUAUGUGCAGUAGCUAGAGAUUCUAAGGACAAUAUGUUUCCAUUAGCUUUUGCGAUUGUGCCAUUGUUUUGGAGAGCUGCAUCAACAGCACAUGUUAAGGACUUCCAAGAAAUAAUGGAGGAUAUCAAGAGAGCUGAUCCCAAAGUGGGGAACACACAAUCUGCCUUUGAGUACCUGGAUGGAAUCCCAGCUAAAUAUUGGUCUAGGUCUCAUUUCCCUGAAUAUAUCAAAUGUGAUGCCCUUACUAACAAUAUUUCUGAGUCUUUUAACAGUUAUAUUAGAGAAGCUAGAAUGCUACCCAUUGUGAGCAUGUGUGAAAACAUCAGGUCAAAGCUCAUGAGCAGGCUUCAUGUGAAGAGAGAAGGCAGUAAAACUUAUGUUGGAACAGUGUGCCCCAGUAUCAGGAGGAAGAUGAACCGAAUGAAUGAAAGUGCUGCAAAAUGAUUUCCUACCUAUGGAGGAAGAGAGUUGAGAAUUAUGUUGAUGAUUGCUAUAAGGUUGAGACUUACAAUCAAGUGUAUGCUAAUAU